CUCUGUCCAUUCCUCCCAUGCGGCAGGUGUCGCUGUGGAGCCGCCGCCGCUGCUGCCGCCGUAUGAUGACGGAGGAAGCGCUUAGCUGCUGUUGUUGAUGUGGCCCAGUGUGGAUGUGAAACAUGGAGUAAAAUUAUCCUGAUUAAAACCAGCAAAGAUCAUUCAUUUCACCGCAGAGAGUCAGACAGACGCGGCGCCGGCAGCAUGUUUAAGAGCUGGAGCUCAUGGCUGGGCGGAGAGCUCGAGAACGAAGAGAAGACUGACAAACAGGAAACAGCAGAGGAGAAAAACAUAAACACAGAGACAGAAGAAUCACAACAGAUCCUACAGCAGGCCAAAGGGCUCAGCGGCUUCAUUCUGAACUUUGCAAGCACCGCGACUAAGAAGAUCUCAGAGUCUGUGGCGGAAACGGCGCAAACCAUCAAGAAAACGGUGGAGGAGAGCAACAUCGACGGCAUCAUUGACAAGACCAUUUUGGGAGAUUUCCAGAAGGAACAGGAAAAAUUUGUGCAAGAGAAAAAUGCAAAGAAAACAGACGCAGCGGUGCCGCCCUGGGUCGGAUACAACGAGGAGGAAACCAUUCAGCAGCAGAUACUGGCUUUAUCCGCUGACAAGAGGAACUUCCUGCGUGACCCUCCGGCUGGAGUGCAGUUCCAUUUCGACUUCGAGCAGAUGUACCCCGUCGCCCUGGUGAUGUUACAGGAAGACGAACUGCUCAACAGGAUGCGCUUUGACCUCGUCCCUAAACAGGUGAAGGAGGACGUGUUCUGGAGGAAUUAUUUCUACCGCGUGUCUCUGAUCAAGCAGUCAGCUCAGCUCACGGCGCUCGCGGCUCAGCAGCAGGCGGCCGAGAAGAGAGAGGAGGAGAAAAACGCAGCCGCUCCGCUCAACGAGACUCUCUCAGAAACCAUCAGACCGAAAACGCCUCCUGUCACCAUCAGCGCGAAACCCAAGACUAACGAGGAAGAGGAAGACAUCUCCACCAGCCCCGGCGUGUCCGAGUUCGUGAGCGACGCCUUUGACGCCUGUGACAUAAACCAGGAGGAUCUGAGGAAAGAAAUGGAGCAGCUGGUGCUGGAUAAGAAGGACGAAGAGACCGCCGACUGGGAGAAGGAACUGCAGCAGGAGCUUCAGGAGUACGAGGUGGUCGUCGACCCAGAAAAUCGUGACGAUAACUGGGACCGUGAGAUUGAGGAGAUGCUGCAGGACGACAGCUAAAGCGUAACAGCGCCCCCUCUGGUGUGGAGGACACAGGAAAUUAAAUCGGUUUCAUCAGUCUGACUGAACUGAAGUUUCUAUAAGAAUGUUUAAUAUAAACAAGAGUGGGAUGUGAUGUUUAGGAGGUAGCGGGAUUCGGUGAGGUGCCAAAAGGUUCCUCUCUCUGAUUGUAGUAAAUCAGAUGUAGUUUGCUGAUUUAUUUUUUCUCAUUUCUGCCUUCUUUCAGAGGUGUAAAAGCAAACCAAAACUCAAAAAAGCUGAACACACAGAAUAUAUCUAAACAUUCUUAAAUCAAGAUAUAUUUACUGGAGAAGCAGAAUGACUUUAACAAAACAUAUCUUCAGUCAUUUCUCUUCUGCAGUAAAUAUAUCUUGAUUUUGUGCUGGAAAACAAGACAGAAACACUGAGGAAGAACAUGUUUUUUUGCAGUGCUCAAACACUAUAAGCACACAUAUGACAUGUCAUGUGACUUGUUUAAUUAAAGAAAGCAAAUGCUUCUCAUUCCUUUGUUUUUUGAAUAUGGAUUUGAUAUUUGUACUCAUGAUGUGACAGGAUUCGGUUCCUCUGCUGAGAUCAAAUUCCAUACAUGUUUAAUCAAACAAUAUUUACAUGUUUGUAAGGCGAGAGCUUUAGUAUAACUUUGUGUUUGUUUAUAUUUUCAAACUGCACCUUGUCUUAUUACUUUACAGAUGAAUAAUCAUGAUUUUGUUGCCGUAAAUAAAAUCUUUGUCUCUAAAAUUA